AUGGCGGCGUUCUCUCCCACCAGCCCCUUUGCAACCUCUCUUGCUUUCAUCCUCUUCUUCCUCCCACUUUCUUCAUCCCCGCCGCCGCCGCUGCCGCUGCCGCUGCCGCUGCGAUCGCCCCGUACACCGCAAACACCGCCAAAGCCCCCUGGGCGACCGUACUUGCCGCCACUUCCAUUUCCUAAAAUUCCGGAUCAGGACGUAGCCAUCGUUGAGUUUGCACUAAACUUAGAGUUUGCGAAAGCCGAAUUAUUUCUGUAUGCCAGCACCGGUUUUGGAUUGGACAGGGCGCUUCAGUAUAGUGUUACAGGAUUCCCAAGGCCACUAAUGAAUAUAAGUGCAGCGCUAUUUGCACAUAUUAUGGACGCUGCAUUUGGAGACCCCUUCGACCCCCCGUUCGCUGCGUAUGCUAAUUCCAUUAACUUGUUUCUUACAGCCUACAUACUUCCUUACCUCGCCGCCAAUGCCUAUAUUGACGCACUUGGAAAACUGAAAAGCGCGAUAUCUAGGGCGUUGGUAGCGGGAUUGUUGGCGUCGGAAAUAAGUCAGGAUGCAACCAUCAGAACUAUUCUUUACGCAUUUGAAAAUACGACCGUGUAUCCCUACAAAUACACGGUGGCAGAGUUUACCAACAAAAUUUCAGAUUGGAGGAAUCGGUUGGGAAAUUAUGGCCUCAAAGAUGAAGGAGUUUUGGUUCCUAGGUACCAAGGUGCGGAAGGAAAAAGUACAGGGAAUCUCCAGUCUGGCGACGAGUACUCCCUAAUAUAUCUGAGGACUCCAAAAGAGAUACUUCGUAUUGUGUACACUACAGGAAGUGAAAAUAAACCUGGAGGUUUAUUCCCCUACGGAGCAGGCGGUGAAAUUGCUCGGCGUUUUUUAGGAGGCCACUGA